AUGGCGAUUAGUGUGGAAGUGUCCCAAAGACGCUCUCUGCCUUGGUCUACAGAGCUGCCUUCGAGUGGAAUAUUCCUCAACCUCUCUGUGAACCAGACUUUGAGACGAGAGCUUCGAACCACCCCCGGAGGCCUUGUUGUUCAAGUUUCUUCCUACCCUCUUGCUCCCCAACUCCACACGUCUCUCUUCUUGCCCAACCAUCUCCUUCGACAACGUCCCAUCUUCCGCAACCACAUCAAUAACUUUCUCUCUCAAGUUUCUGGGUUUCGCCUCCCACACUUCUCCACUGAUCGUCUCGCUUCUAAUGUCUUAGCCGCGGCUUUGCUGGAGACAGGGCUUUUUUCCUUGGAUGCUCAAGUGGAUCUAGUUGUUAGAUCAUCAGAACUGGUCGUUGAUCCUGAUUUGGUUUCCAACGGUAAUAUGCCACAUGGUGAUGAUCAUCGCAACUUUCAGUUCAUUGAUGAUCAGUUGAUAAUUGAUCAGGCACCCAGCAGAUUGCCAUCGUCAUCGGAUUCAACAGGUUCAAGAACUCAGACUCAGACUGUUGAUAGAUUGAGUAUGACUACCCAUGAAAAAGUGGUUGCAGAGAAUGGUGACAAUGGAGAGCUGGGUGGUUGCUGCAUCUGCUUGGACAAUUUCAGUGCUGGAACUGAGUUAAUCCGUUUUGGUUGUAAACAUCUUUACCACCAAAACUGCAUUGUUAAGUGGCUGGAGAAUCAAAAUUCCUGUCCUCUGUGCAGGCGUCCAUUGUAA